CUGGAGAGGAUCCAUUUCCGGAUUUAUUGAGGACACUCAAGUGGCUGUCAAGAUGCUUUCCCUAUCAUCGGUGCAUGGAUAUCAACAAUUUGUUGCAGAGGUUAAGCUUCUAAUGAGAGUACAUCACCGAAGUCUGACUUCUCUUAUUGGUUAUUGCAACGAAGAAACUAAUAUAGGACUCAUCUAUGAAUAUAUGGCAAAUAAUGGAAACUUAAAUGAAUAUCUUUCAGGAGGAAACAAUAAGGAAAAGUCAUUGAAUUGGGAAGAUAGACUUCGAAUAACAUUGGACGCAGCCCAAGGAUUGGAAUAUCUGCAUAAUGGUUGUAAGCCACCUAUAAUCCACAGAGAUGUAAAAUGUACAAAUAUUCUAUUAGAUGAAAACUUUCAUGCCAAACUAGCUGAUUUUGGAUUAUCCAAAUGUUUUGCUGUUGAUGGUGAUACACAUGUGUCAACAAUUGUCGCCGGAACUCCAGGCUACCUAGAUCCUGAGUACACGACAUCAAACAGACUAACAGAAAAAAGUGAUGUGUAUAGUUUUGGAGUAGUUCUUUUAAGGAUAAUCACAGGUCAACCGGUGAUAAUAGGAAGGGAAGAUAUGACUCAUCAUAUAAGUCAAUGGGUCAACUCCAUGGUUGCUAAAGGGGAUAUAACAAAAAUUGUUGACUCAAGGUUACAAGGAGAUUUUGAUAGCAACUCUGCAUGGAGAGCGGUUGAAAUAGCAAUGGCCUCUGUGUCUGCCAUUUCGAUGGAAAGGCCAUACAUGACUGAUAUAGUAAAAGAGCUAAAGGAGUGUUUGGCUGCAGAGUUAGCUCGAAAACAUAAUAGUUGUGACAUUCAAAACGAAGAUUUAGUUGGGCACUUGGGCAGGUAAGUGUGAAUUUAAUUAGUAGUGACAUGACUCCCUUAGCUAGGUAGGUGCAUAGUUCAUUCUUAAUUAAUGCUAGUUAGUACUAGAGAUAAAAUAAAACAGUUUGGGGAUUAUGCUACAUUUUAAGUUCAAUUUGUUGUAGUAACAUUUUCUAUAUGCUACCUGCUACCUAGAAAGUUAGCUAUUUUAUCUUUUAGUUUGUUGUUUUGCAUGUUAUUGUAUAUUG